AUGGUAAACGCACAAACCUGGUUAGACCAAAAUUAUCCCGCAAAUAGCGCUUGCAUAAGAGUUGAAGAUAAAGAAAAUUAUGGCAAAACCAGAGAUAAAAUCGUUAAUUUAGAUAUUAGCCAACAAAAUUUAGAAAGUAGCUUAUAUCUAAACAUUUCCUUUUCUAACCUAAAAAAGUUGAACUGUUCAUUUAAUAGUUUAAUUAAAAUCUCUUUGGAUUUUCUUCAAAAUCUCGAAGAAAUUGAUCAAUCUCACAAUCAGAUUGUUGGCGGCGAUUUACAAAUACCUAGCUUUUUUAAUAUCAAAAAAUUAAAUUUUUCUUACAAUCAAAUCUCUGGCUUUGCUUUAAACAUUCCCAGUUUAACUUAUUUGGAUGCUACUAGUAAUUCACUUAAAAUGUUGGAUCUUCAUAACUCACCAAAUUUAAUAGAGUUAAAAUGUUCCAAUAAUCCAAUUUUUAACUUGAGUCUAACUCAAUCUUCCAACCUUGUUCUUUUUGAUUGUUUGGGCGUUAGAUUUGACAAAAAUGCUAUGGCCCCAACUCCCACUUCUUUUCCUUCUUCUGCUUCAACUUCUCUUUUCCCAACCAUGACAAUCUAUAUCAACAACUCCACCUUCCUCGGAAGCACUAUUGGCCUGGGUGUCUACUCGGGAAUAAGCACACUUUGUUGUUCAUAG